AUGUCAUUGUUAGGCAAACUGUUCCCAAGGCUAAGCAGAUCGCAGCUGGAGCUGUUCAGAUUCACGUUCUACCUUCUAACGCCAAUUGGUGUGAUGUACUACGUUGGUAUCGACGCUGACAAGAAGUUCAACGUGCCUGGGUUCUGGCCAGAUCCUGAGACCACGAACAAGAUUCCUAAGGAGCGUCAUGAGAUCAAGGCGGAGUUGGCGAGAAUGAAGAAGGAGUCGCUGGAGAAGAGAAGGCUCUUGGAGGAGAAGCUCGCUAAGGAAUUCGGUAUCGAUAUUGAGGAAGAGAGGGCAAAGUUCAAGGCCCAGUCUGAACAAGAGGAUAAGUGAGGCAGAAGGAGGGUGUGGCAAGCGACUUGUAUAUAUAUAACAUAAAAUCUACAGUGUUAAUACAAUGUGCCGUCAUUAGACGGAUUUGAU